CUUCGUUAAUUAUUGCGGAUAGGGAAACCUUGGGACAGGUAUCUAUAAAUCCCCUGGGCCAUGUGGAGGCGGGAACGUACACAGUAGAAUUGGCGAGCUCCACCAUCUCCCUCCAGCCGUUCCCACAGCCCACGGGGGGCAACCCUUCCGCCCGUCCCACCCAACCCAACCUAACCAUGUCCACCCCUACAACAACAAAACCCGACCUAACCACCCCAUCCGGCCUGCACGCCUACCUCCUCACCCACCACCCCACCACCCCACCCAAAUCCAUAACCCUCCUAACAGGCGGCACCGCAAACUACGUCUACCGCGUCCUCUCACCACAUCCAAACAAUGCAUCUCCCAAAACCGUGAUUUACAAACACGCAGCCCCGCACCUGCAUUCGAACCUGGACUUCGCCUUUGAUCCGCGCAGGAUGGAGUACGAGGAUCUGGCGUUGAGGAUCGUGCCGGGGUUUUUGGAUGAUGUUGGGAGCGAUACCGACUCGGCGGAUAGGAAGGCGCAUGCAGCAGAUGAAGAGGAGGAGGGGAUGAGUGUGCGGGCGCGGGCGGUGCAGAGUUAUAGUUACGACGGCGAUGCGAAAUUGCUCUGCCUAUCGGACGGCGGGUCGCAGAACGUGAAAGAUGCGUAUCAGGAUCUAAAAAAGGGGGAAGUGAGAAAGAUAGGGGAAGAGUUGGGACGGUGGUUAGCCGUGCUGCAUUCUUCAUCUAGCGCAUCAUCACCAUCUCUUUCCCUUUCCCUGGACGAGAAACACGAGAUGAACGAUGUCGGAAGCAGGGGGAGAGAGAAUAACCCCAUCGCAGUAGCCAUUUACAGAUACUCGUACACGAACCUGCACCACGCGCUCGCCGAGUACGACAUCCCAGGUGGACAAGAAGUAGCCCAGAGAGUGGACGAGACAUUCGGCGCCCUCCUGCAAAUCGAGGACGAGUGUCUCUGCCACGGCGACUUCUGGACCGGCAACGUGCUCGUCGAGAAAAAGGCAAACCGAGCUACGGACGCCGGCAAAGUUGGAAAUCCACAAACAAGGAUAGACCUCACGGUCGUGGAUUGGGAAAUGGUCCGCCUGGGCACCUCGGCCACGGACGUGGCGCAAUCUGCGCCGAAGCCUUCUUGCUCGAUCGAUUCCGCGGCGGUAAAGGGCUGCGGACUGCGUUCCUGGCGUCCUACCUGCGCAACCGGCUCUCUCCUCCGGCUCAAGCAGGGUUGCUGAGUCGUAACUGGCUGCGCCGGCUAGCUGUGCAUUGGGCGGUGCAUGUUGCGUUUUGGCCGACGAGGGUGGAGUGGGGCGGGCGCGAGGAGACGAGGGGGUUGGUGGAGUUAGGCGUGAGGGUGCUUAGAGCGGCA